AAUUUCGUCAUGUUCAGGACGAGGAACGAGCGGUUCUGGAUUGGGCUGACGGAUGAAAAUUCCGAAGGGGAAUGGGAAUGGAUCGACGGCACCGAUUAUAAAACCACCUUCACAUUUUGGAAGGAAGGCGAACCCAACAACAGCGGCAACAACGAAGACUGCGCCCACGUCUGGAUCUCGGGAAAGUGGAACGACGUUUACUGCACCUACGAGUGCUACUACGUCUGCGAAAAGCCGCUGCCCCCCUAA